AUGCUGGUGGGCAUCAAGACCGAGAACGCACGACCAAGCAUGCAGCCUGCUGGAAGCACAAGCUGCGCCAAACCGACGACACCCAAGCCCGCCCACAACGAAGGCCGAUGGACCGACACGGAGCAUGGCCUCUUUCUCGACGGCCUUCGGAGGUACGGCCGGCAGUGGUUCAACGUCGGGAAGGUUGUCAAGACGCGCAGCGUGACGCAGAUCCGCACGCAUGCACAAAAGUACUUUGCCAAGCAAGAGAAGGAGGUUAACUCGAUGCUGCAGACAAUCACGACCAAGGCCAAGACGCCGCGAAAGCGCGCCGAUGCAUCCGAGGCGCCGGUCGUGUCACCGUUAGCCAAGCGUCAUGGCCCUCUGCACCACACGAUGGCGCACAAGAUGGGCUGCACGUUGUGCUGCUGGCGGUUGAAGCGGCAUCGUCGCAUGACUUUAUCGACCGACGCCACGUCCUCCAGAGCUUCUUGA